CUGGCAACCUACUACCAGGUGCCUGCAUGGGUACCUGAUGUACCUAAUGCCACCCAACAAUCAUUUGAUCCUCUUUCCUUCCUCCCUGCCUCUCACCUCUGCUACUGUCUUUCAACCCUUGCCUCCAAUAAUAAUCCUCAGACACCACUCUUUGCCAGAGGAUAUGGCCCAUUGAUUUUUCUUGCCAGACCAGAUCUCCGUCCUUUGCCUAGACCAGCGGCCAAGGAACGGGCCCGUGGGCACCAAAGAGCCAAAGAAUUGCGGCACCAGCACCAACAAAGUUCGCUUGGGGUGGCCCUUAUCAUCACCAUCAUGGCUUCCACCACCUCCUCCUCAUCCUCAUCCUCUGCCUCCGUGUCACUCGCUGACAAGCUCUCCCUCUCCGCCAUCACCGCCACCGCGAGCCCUCUGAACCUCGUGGUCUUCGCGUGUGUGCUCGGCUUCCUCCUGCUGCGCUGGUGGCGCCGGAAGAACAGCCCGGCCCUGCCGGAUCUGCCGUGGGUUGCACGCAACGACAAGGCCUGGAUCCUGCGCGAUCUGAGGACCAGGCUGUGGUGUUUGAUCAACUAUGAGGAAGCCUUGAGGAGGGCGUAUGAUCAGGUAAGGUUUCAAUUGUUGGCUGGAGUGACUGGGGUGCUUUUUUGGCUCUUCCUCAUCCUCUCUUUUCCCCUGUUCCCUCCCCAGAAUUGGAUAUGCUAUGGUGAGACGGAGGUGAGAGUCUGAGAGAUAUCAGGAGGGAAGAGGGAAAAGGGAGGAUGCCAUUUGUUAGGACUCGAGAUUCGUCCUCUACCAACUUCCCUCCUAACCUGUCUAUCCUACACACUUUUGUCAUUCUCUACCGCCGGGACUGAGCCUUCAACCUAACCACACUCUCCAACGCAGUAUGCCCGCCACAACAAGCCAUGUAUCCUCGCCACCCUCGACGGCGAGGUCAUUCUGCUGCCGCCUUCCAACACGCCCUGGCUGAUCGCCCAGCCCGACAACGUCCUCAGCGUCAAUGGCGCGCACAAGCACAUCCUGCAGACCCGAUAUACCUUUCCCAAGCCCGAGAUCAUGGAUCCCACUGUCCAUUUCGACGUCAUCAAAUCCGAGUUGACCAGGCAAGUCUUCAAUGUCACGCCUGAGGUUUGCGACGAAUUGGCCGCCGCAGUGGAUCAAAUCUGGGGCAGCGAAGCUGAUCCCGAUUUUGAAUACUACUCUGAUGCCGACGGGUGGAAGACCGUGGUGCUCUUCGACAGUCUCACCAAGAUCGUUGCCAGAAUCUCCAACAGGGUCUUUGUCGGCCUGCCACUCUGCCGUGAUGAGCAAUAUCUCAAGAACGCUAUCGGUUUUGCCGAAGACAUUGCCUUUUCUGCAACAAUUCUGCGUCUCUUCCCCGGCAUAGUUCGGCCUCUUGUCGCUCCAGUGGCUACGUACUCAAAUCGUAAACACACUCGUGAAUAUACUGAAAUCCUCACACCCGAGAUUAUCCGGCGUCAACGCCUCCAGCAAGAAACUGCGAGUGGCCCCAAAUCCGAACACAAGGGCAGCGAAGCGGAGCAGACUGGAGACGAAGCGAAGAACGACUUCCUCCAAUGGCUCUUAACCCGCUCGCUCACGAAAUCGUAUCCGUUGCCGGACGAAACGGAUCCGCGAAUCAUCUCUGCACGCCUCCUGCAUGUGAACUUCGCAUCCGUGCACACGACCAGCUUCAUCGGUACCAACGCCUUACUGGAUAUCCUUGCCGCACCAAAGAAUGAGCGCGUCUUGGAGACGCUGCGAAAGGAGGCGCUAGACAACAUGGAGCCAGAUGCAGGGUCUGGGCCGGCUUCGAGUAUGUGGUCGCGCACGGCUAUCUCCAAAAUGCACUACCUCGACUCUGCCCUACGGGAGAGUUCACGCCGUGCGAGUAUCAUAGGCGUGGGUGUUAACCAAAAGGUCGUUGCUCCGGGUGGCAUCACGACACCCGAUGGUACGCAUUUACCUGAAGGAUGCAUGGUCGCCACGCACAGUUGGGGGUGCCACAAUGACGAGAGCCUGUAUGAGGGAGCCGACAAAUACAAGGCUUUUCGGUUUGUGGAGCUGAGAGACAAAAUCUCCAGUGGAGUCGGGGAUGGCGAUCGAGACAAAGCGGAGCGGGAGAAAGAGUACCUGGACAAAGCCCACCUCUCCUUCAUUGCGACCUCCCCUUCCUACCUCGGGUUUGGACACGGUCGGCACGCCUGCCCCGGAAGAUUCUUCGCCGCGCAGGAGUUGAAGCUGUUACUCGCAUAUCUGCUCUCGCGGUACGAGAUCCAAAUGGUGAUGGAAGGUGGAUUGGGAGGGAACUGGAAUGGGAAGGGCAUCAGGCCCGAGUGUUACUGGGCGGGACCGAACCACGUCCCGCCGAUGAGCGCCAAAGUGAGGGUGAGGAGAAGGAAGGAGUUCCAAUAGUCUGGACCGAGCACUGUGUGAAAAGGUCUUCGUUUUUGGGGGUCCAUGGUCGAGUGACCCCAAUGUCCCGAAGAUGAUGUUAAUCGUUAGACCAGCGCGAGCAUUUCGGGACGUACCUAGUAUAUAUAAGAUCCUUGAUUGAGAUUGAUCAGCACCGCCCGAGAUUGACGGAUGCCAAUAGCUGUCGCAGUCAAUGUUGAUCGGCGAAUGACAUUGCCUUACGGCUCAAUAA